AUGCGUUAUAAGGAUCUUGCAGUUGUUAUUGAACCACAUGAAAUUAGAUUUCCUCAUGCUAUUCAAAAUAAUCUUUAUCGACAGACAAUUCAUGUGAAAAAUGUAGGAACUAAAAGUAAACGUAUCCAAAUAUUUCGACCAUCGAAUAAGGAUUUUCAAUUAAUCGUUCAAAAUCCAGAUCAACCUGUUCCACCUGGUCUUGAAGUAACAGGUGUUGUUGAAUAUAUAGCAAAAUUCAAUCAAGAACAACGUGAUACUAUUGUUGUUGAUAUUGAUGGACAAGAAAUUAAAAUUCCUCUAUAUGCUUUUCCAGCACGAUCAGAAAUCUCAGUUGAUGAUAUGGUUGAUUUUGGUAUUCAUGUUGCUGAUAAUAAAACUGUUUAUAGAAAGAUUUCUGUUAGAAAUACUGGUAGUACACCAGCAAGUUAUAAAAUUACUUAUAAAGGUAAACAUCCAAUUACAUUUGCACCACAAACAGCAACUGUUCAACCUAAUUCAUCUGUUUCGGUCGAGAUUUCUCUAUUAACAUCAGCAUUGAUGGUAAUUGAUGAUAUUGCUACAUUAGAAGCAUGUCAUAAAACUCAUGAAAUAAAAUUAAAAGGAAAUAUUAUGAAUCGACGUUUAUGUUUACUUCAUCCUGAAAAUCAAGAAGAAUUACAAAAACUUAAUUUUGGUUCUUGUUAUUAUGGUUGUGAUCUUACUGCAUUAGCUGUUCUAUAUAAUGAUUCACCUGAAUCAGUUGCUUAUUCAGCAUUAAUUGAUGAUUCUAAACCAACAGAUUUUGCUCAAAAUGAAGAAUCUGUUACUGAAUAUACUAUGAAUCCAUUAAAUUCUAUUAUUACUGUUUUUCCAAAUCAAGGCAUACUUAGUCCAUUUGAAAAACGUCCAUUAUUUUUUCGUUUUAGUCCAAGAGCUUAUCCACCUAAACAAGCAUUUGCAACAACGCUUGAUUUACCACCAAGACGUGAUGUUGCUGCAUUUAUGUAUUUUGAAUUAUUAGGUGCAAGUCCUGGUCUAUCAAAAAUUGAACAUAGUAAAACAAAACUUGAAAUAGCUGUAGCUGGAACAGCAUUACCAGUUGUUUUAUCACUUGAACCUCAUGAAUUACAAUUUCCAACAACAUAUAUUGGACAAAAAUAUGAACAAAAUAUUCAUAUAUAUAAUCAAUCAGAUCAUAAACCAAUUGAUUUUCGUUUUCCAUCAAUCGCUAACUUUGCUGUUGAACCAGCUUGUGGAAAAUUAAAACCAAGACAAAAAUUAAAAAUUACUGUGACAUUUCUUCCGCAUCAAAUAGGUACUAUUAAUAAAACACUUGUCUGUGAAGUAGUUGGAGCAGUUAUUAAUUCUGCUGCACCAGUUUAUACUCAAUCCAAAGCUAUUCAUCAAGCUCAAUGUGUAUUAACUGGUCAUGCAUCAAUGAUUACUGAAAUACCACCAGAAAAAUUUAAUAUGGGUUUAAAACCAUUAAUUUCCAAUGAAGUUGGUAUUAAUGUAAAUACAACACAAGAUUCAUUAAAAUCAUUUUAUCCUCGAGCAGCUAUAUUAAAUAGUGCUCAUGAUACAACACAUAUAAAACGAUCAUCAAGCACAUAUUUAAAUAAUUUUAAAAAACAUAAAGUUUCAUUUCCAAAUGAUCGUGCUAAAAGUAUUGGUCCAUUUAAUCGAAGUGACAGUUUUAUAACACCAUUUACUAGAGAAGAACGAUAUAAUUAUGUUGAUCCUGAUUAUGCAUAUACAGAUAAAGAAAGGAAACAAAUUGAAAUGCAUAAGAAACCUUAUAAUGAAUUAUUUAAUGAACAAAGAUUUCAACGAACAGAAGUUAAACGAACAAAAGAAUAUAAAAAAUAUGAUACUGAUACAGAUCUUGGAAUAAAACCAGGCAAUAAUCUUGAAUCACCUCGAAUUGCUUUAGCUGAAGUGGAAAAAAAUGUUAAUAAAGCAAGAAUUCCGUCGUAUCCUAAUUGGAAAUUUCGUUUACCAACAACAUCAGAAUUAGCUGAACAAGAACAAACAUUAUUACAUAAACCAUUAAAAGAAGGUCUUAAUUCUGUUCCAACAACCUUAAAAGAAAAAAAAGAUUGUGCUAUACAAUUAACACCAAGUCAAUUAUUUAAAGUUGUUGUUGGACCAGCUGAAUUAAAUUUCGGUGAUGUAUGUGUUAAUGCAACUGUUACAAAAUUUUUAUCCGUACUCAAUAAUCUUGAUCAAUUUAUUGUUGUUCAAAUUGAUGUUGAGUCACCGGCUUUAAAAAUGACAUCACCAUUAUGUCAAGUUAUACCUGGAAAAUCUCAUGUACAAUUUCCAAUAACAUUUGAACCAUCACAAAUUGGUCUUUAUCAACGUUCAAUUUCAUAUAUAAUUAAUAAUUUUUAUCGUCAUUAUGUUAAAAUAAUUGCUGAUGUUCGUCAACCAACUGUAAAAUUAUCAACAGAAAGACUUGUCAUACGUUCAUUACCACAUUUAUUAGCAGAAGAUUCUUUUCGAAAAGUUGUUCAUUUAUAUAAUCCAUUAAAUGCACCAGCUGAAUUUCGUUGGGAACCUGUUAUUGGACCAAAAGGAACAGCAUUUUCAAUUCGUCCAGCAACAGGAAUUAUUGAACCUUAUCAAACAAUUGAUUGUGAAGUUGUUUGGUAUGGUAGUACACAAGCACCAGUAGAAAAUUAUUUUACAUUGCAUGUUUUUUCAACAAAUGAUACACGAAAAAUUUCAGGAAAUAAUCGUUCAUUGAAAACAAAUAAUGAAACAACUGUUACACUUCAAUGUGUUGCACAAAUUGGGAAAGGAAAAUAUCGUAUUUUAGAAAAACGUGUUAAUUUUGGUACAAUACCAGUUAAUAUGACAUCAAAACAAACAUUUACAAUUAUUAAUGAAGGAACAAAUCAUCUUUUCUAUGAAAUUAUUGAUCCAAAUCCUUGUCCUGGUGUUAUUAUAACACCAGCUAAUGGUCUAGUUUCAGCUGGUUCACAAACAAGUGUAACUAUUGAAGUAACACCUGUCGAAUUAAUUAAAUUCGAUAUUAAAUUUGGUUUAAAAGUACUCGGACAAAAAGAACAAGAAAUACGUAUGACAGGUGAUGUUGUUGAACCUGAUAUUAAUAUACCUGAAGGAGAAUUUAAUUUUAAUGGUGUACCAAUAUUAAUGAAAGCAGCCAAACCAUUUCAUAUUGAAAAUAAGGUAAAAAGAAAAAAAGAAAUUUUUAUUUUUAUCGCUGGUAUAUAA